AUUAGGCAAAAUUUGAGUGUUUUUAAACAUUCUCGUGUGUCAACGAUCUUCACUCCACACCUUACUUUUAUAAUUUAUUUUUUUGUUCACCCAAGGCUUCUGAACGGCUUCUUAAAUAAAUAUAAUUGUUCAAAUCACCAAAGGGUUCUAGAGAAAAUGAACUGUAAACUUCGUUGAGAUUCUGUCCAUUCUUCUGAUUUUGCUGCUAUUUAUCUUUCAAAAUUCAUUAAAUCUAUAAAGAUUUUUAAUGAAAUUAAUUAUUGAUAAACUAACAAUAAAUAUAGGAAAUAAAUUGUGCGAUAAUGAAAGAAAGGCGAUAUGGAAAUUUAUAUGAAAUAUUGAAUAAUAGCUAAGUACUUCGAACAACAAUUCGUGAAUAUUUUCAAAAUAUUCAGUUGAUAUAAUGGGUUACUUGAAAUAAUUGAACAAAUUUUAUCUGGAACUAUAUUUCGAACUAGAUAAGUCUGAAAUGUGAAAUUAUUUGAAGAACAAAGUUAUCAGGUAUGGAAAAUAUCUCAUUUUCGCACAUAAUGAGAUAAUAUAUAGAUAUAUAUCUAAACGAUUUUCGAAUGGAACUAUCGGAAUGCACCAUUUUGAAGGUUCCCCCACUGGUUAAGCUGUUCACAAAGAAAACAUUCUUAAGAGGACGCGACUUCAGAUGAACUUUCAGUUUAAAAGCUGCAAUUGAAGAUACUCCUACACGUUGAAUUAGUAGUAUCUUUUGAUUUUAUUUUAAGAUUUUAUUUAAAAUUUUAUUAUAGUUUUUUUUAUUUUAUAAAUAAUUAUUUUAUGUUGAUUUUUUUUUAUUGAAAAUUAAAUUUUUGAAAUGGAUUCAAUACCUUGCUAUAUUAUAUUGGAAGAUGGAGAAGUUAUCAGGGGAAGUUCCUUUGGAGCUAUAAAUGCUACUGAGGGAGAAGUCGUAUUUCAAACUGGCAUGGUAGGAUAUCCAGAAUCCUUAACAGACCCCAGUUACAAUCGCCAGAUAUUAGUUUUAACUUAUCCUAUUAUUGGGAGUUAUGGCGUACCUGACCAAGAACUCAAAGAUGAUCAUGGGAUUCCCUGCUUUUUCGAGUCUUCCAAGAUCUGGGCAUCUGCAUUGGUUGUGGGUGAAUAUUGUGAUUAUCCUAGUCAUUGGAGAAAACAACAAACAUUGUCGGAAUGGAUGGAGCAGGAAAAUAUACCAGGAAUACAAGGAGUCGACACAAGAGCGUUAGUGAAAAAAAUUAGAGAGAAAGGAAGUUGCCUUGGAAAAAUAGUAUAUGAGCUACCCGAAACACCUGAAAUAACAACCUUUGAGAAUCCAAAUAUAUUGAACCUAGUCGAAGAAGUGUCAGUUACUAAACCAGUUACAUACAACAAAAAUGGAUAUCCAAGAAUUUGUGCAGUUGAUUGCGGCUUGAAGUACAACCAAAUAAGAUGUCUCUUGAGAAGAGGCGCUAGAGUAGAUGUUGUUCCAUGGAAUCAUAAAUUGAAUGUUGAUGAAUAUGACGGUCUCUUUUUGAGCAAUGGCCCAGGUGACCCUGUUAUGUGUGAAGAUACUAUAGAAAACUUGAAAGUGGUGUUAGGAUCUCCAAAAAUAAAACCCAUCUUUGGUAUUUGUUUAGGACAUCAGCUAUUGGCUACUGCCAUAGGAUGCAAGACAUUUAAGAUGACUUAUGGUAACCGCGGACACAAUCAACCAUGUAUUCAUGAACAUACAAAAAAAUGUUAUAUGACAUCACAAAAUCACGGUUAUGCUGUGGAUCCCCAUUCCUUGCACAAGAACUGGGAACCACUUUUCACAAAUGCUAAUGACAAAACAAAUGAAGGAAUAGUUCAUACCAAGCUUCCAUAUUUCAGUGUACAAUUCCAUCCAGAGCAUACAGCUGGACCAGAGGAUUUAGAGUGUUUAUUUGAUGUAUUUUUAGAGCUAGUGGAAAAUCAUGGCAAAAAUGAAAUGACUGCUUUGGAAAGUAUCAAAUCGAAGUUAUCAUUCAAAAAAGAACUUUCCAGUAUUGUGAGACCAAAAAAAGUUCUUAUUAUCGGAUCUGGGGGAUUAUCUAUUGGACAAGCUGGAGAGUUUGAUUAUUCUGGAUCACAAGCAAUCAAAGCUCUACGUGAAGAAAAUAUCCAAACUGUCCUCAUCAAUCCGAACAUAGCUACAGUUCAAACUUCUAAAGGUCUAGCUGAUAAAGUGUAUUUCCUACCUUUAGUUGCAGAAUAUGUGGAACAAGUAAUCAAAGUUGAACGUCCUGAUGGAGCUCUACUUACCUUUGGUGGGCAAACUGGUCUUAAUUGUGGUAUUGAAUUAGCAAAGCAAGGAGUAUUUGAAAGAUAUAAUGUGAAUAUACUAGGAACCCCUAUUCAAUCAAUUAUCGAUACAGAAGAUAGAAAAAUUUUCAGUGAAAAAAUAAAUGGAAUAGGAGAAAAGGUCGCUCCAAGUUUAGCAGCUCAUUCAGUGAAUGAAGCUCUGGAGGCUGCGGAGGAACUAGGUUACCCUGUAAUGACAAGAGCAGCAUUUUCUCUAGGAGGGUUAGGUUCUGGGUUCGCUAAUAACAAAGAGGAACUAAGAGUACUUGCUAUUAAAGGUUUGGCACAUUCAGCUCAACUAAUUAUCGACAAAUCACUCAAAGGUUGGAAAGAGGUCGAAUAUGAAGUUGUUAGGGAUGCCUACGAUAACUGUAUAACAGUAUGUAACAUGGAAAAUGUCGAUCCCUUAGGAAUUCAUACAGGAGAAUCUAUUGUUGUAGCACCAAGUCAAACAUUAAGUGAUAGGGAAUACAAUAUGCUUCGAACAACAGCAAUAAAAGUUAUAAAACAUUUCGGAAUAGUUGGAGAAUGUAAUAUUCAAUAUGCUUUGAACCCUGAUUCUGAAGAGUUUUACAUAAUUGAAGUGAACGCAAGAUUAUCGAGGAGUUCUGCAUUGGCCAGUAAAGCAACUGGUUAUCCAUUAGCUUAUGUAGCAGCUAAAUUAGGAUUAGGAAUACCACUUCCUGAAAUCAAAAACUCAGUUACAGGAGACACAACUGCUUGCUUCGAGCCUAGUUUAGAUUACUGUGUUGUCAAAAUCCCUAGAUGGGAUUUACAUAAAUUCCAAAGGGUGAGUACCAAAAUAGGAAGCUCAAUGAAAAGUGUGGGAGAGGUAAUGGCAAUUGGAAGAAAAUUUGAAGAAGCAUUUCAAAAGGCACUACGAAUGGUCGAUGAAAAUGUAUCCGGUUUCGAUCCAUACAUAAAAAAAGUUGAAGAUGAAGAACUGGAGCAACCCACUGAUAAGCGAAUGUUUGUUAUAGCUGCAGCCUUAAAGAGUGGAUAUAGUGUGGAUAAACUUUAUGAACUCACUAAAAUCGACAGGUGGUUCUUGCAGAAAAUGAAAAAUGUAAUCGAUUGGAAUACAUACUUAGAAUCUCUAAAUCCAGAAGAAGUCACUAGAGAAAUAUUAUUGAAAUCUAAGCAAAUAGGUUUCUGCGAUAAACAAAUAGGUGCAGCAGUACAAAGUACAGAGCAAGCUAUACGAAAUAUGAGAGAGGAAUUAUGUGUCAAACCAUUUGUUAAACAAAUAGAUACUGUGGCAGCAGAAUGGCCAGCAACAACAAACUACCUCUAUCUGACGUACAAUGCACAUUCCCAUGAUGUAACAUUUGAUGAUGAACAUGUGAUGGUACUCGGCUCAGGUGUUUAUAGGAUUGGAAGUUCUGUGGAAUUUGAUUGGUGCGCGGUUGGUUGCAUUCGAGAACUUCGAAAAUUAAAAAGAAAAACAAUUAUGGUGAACUACAACCCUGAAACAGUCAGUACCGACUACGAUAUGUCGGAUAGAUUAUAUUUCGAAGAAAUUUCUUAUGAGGUUGUUAUGGACAUUUAUAAUAUAGAGAAUCCACUUGGUAUAAUUUUAUCCAUGGGUGGUCAGUUGCCCAAUAAUAUAGCAAUGGAUUUAUAUCAUCAACAAGCAAGAAUUCUGGGAACAUCUCCAAAAUCGAUUGACGAGGCUGAAAAUAGGUUCAAAUUUUCCAGAGCGUUGGAUAGAAUAGGAAUCAAACAACCAAGAUGGAAGGAAUUAACAAAUCUCAAAUCAGCAAUCGAAUUUUGUGAUGAAGUCAAAUAUCCUUGUCUAGUGCGUCCAUCGUACGUGCUAAGUGGGGCUGCAAUGAAUGUUGCUCAUUCGAAUAAAGAUUUAGAAACUUAUUUGAAAGCGGCAAGUGAUGUCAGCAAAGAACAUCCAGUGGUUAUUUCCAAAUUCGAAGUAAAUGCGAAAGAAUUAGAUGUAGAUGCUGUGGCUAGAAAUGGUGAGAUUUUAUGUAUGGCACUUUCUGAGCAUGUUGAAAAUGCUGGCGUUCAUUCUGGGGACGCUACUUUGGUUACACCGCCUCAGGACAUUAACCCUAAAACUUUGUCUAAGAUAAAAGCAAUAACAAAAGCCAUCGCAGUAGAACUAGAUGUUACUGGACCCUUCAAUAUGCAGUUAAUUGCAAAGAAUGAUGAACUCAAAGUCAUUGAAUGUAAUGUCAGAGUAUCUCGAUCUUUUCCAUUUGUGUCCAAAACUCUAGAUCAUGAUUUUGUCGCAAUGGCAACCAAAGUUAUAAUGGGAGAGCCUUGUGAAGAAGCCAAGGUCUUACAUGGAGUUGGAAAAGUAGGGGUAAAAGUGCCCCAAUUUUCAUUUUCUAGAUUAGCUGGAGCUGAUUUCAUGUUGGGUGUUGAAAUGGCAUCUACUGGGGAAGUAGCUGCAUUUGGCGAGAAUAGAUAUGAAGCAUAUCUAAAAGCUCUGAUGAGCACAGGCAUAAGUCUGCCAGAAAAAUCCAUAUUCUUGUCUAUAGGCAGAUUUGAGCAUAAAAAUGAAUUACUACCUAGUGUGACCGCUCUUGCAGAAAUGGGAUAUAAACUAUAUGGAAGUACAAGCACAGCCGAUUUUUAUUCAUCUAACAACGUUAAGAUUGAAUUGGUCGAAUACCAUAAUGUAGAUGAUAUUACUUGUCAAGAGUUAGGUAAUUUGGCGGAGUUUUUGUCGAAGAAACGAUUCGAUCUGGUGAUCAAUCUUCCAAGAAGAGAUGGAGGUGUUCGAAGAGUAUCAUCCUUCACAACUCCUGGUUAUAAAACCCGGCGGUUAGCCAUAGAUUUCUCUGUGCCUCUCAUAACCGAUAUAAAAUGUGCCAAACUUUUAGUUGAGGCUCUCAAAUUGAUUGGUCGCGCACCUCCAAUGAAGACUCAUACUGACUGUUUAACCUCGAAAACUCUGUUCAGACUGCCAGGAUUUAUUGAUACACACGUUCAUGUAAGAGAACCUGGAGCUACUCAUAAAGAAGACUAUGACACUUGUACUGCUGCAGCUUUAGCAGGGGGUGUUACAAUGAUUUGUGCCAUGCCAAACACAAAUCCUGCAAUAAUAGAUAAAGAAUCUUUGUUAUUGGUCAAAAAGUUGGCUAAAGAAAAGGCACGGUGUGAUUAUGCUGUAUUUUUAGGAGCGUCUUCAGAAAACUAUACCACAGCUGCUGAUUUAGUACAUGAAGUGGCUGGAUUGAAAAUGUACCUAAAUGAUACUUUCACCACACUCAAACUCAAUGAUUUAAAUGUGUGGACAAAGCACCUUUCUAACUGGCCUGAAAGAGCUCCAUUAUGUGUUCACGCGGAGGGCCAAACUACAGCUGCCAUUUUAUUUUUGGCAAACAUGCAGAAUAGACCUAUACAUAUAUGCCAUGUAGCUCGAAAAGAGGAAAUAUUGGUUAUAAAGGCUGCCAAAGAAAGAGGUAUGAGGGUUACUUGUGAAGUUUGUCCACAUCACUUGUUCUUCUCAACUGAUGAUGUCGAGAGAAUUGGUGAAGACAAAGCCCAAGUUAGACCUAUGUUAGUGUCUCCAGAAGAUCAACAAUCAUUAUGGGAUAAUUUACAUAUCAUAGACUGUUUUGCUACCGAUCAUGCUCCCCAUACCAUUCAAGAAAAAACAUCAAACAAUCCUCCACCUGGCUUUCCUGGACUCGAGACUAUUCUACCACUUUUAUUGAAUGCCGUCAAUGAAGGAAGAAUGACUUUAGAUGACAUCAUAAACAGAUUCCAUAAAAAUCCGAAAAAGAUUUUCAACUUGCCAGAACAGUUUAAUACUUAUGUUGAAGUUGACUUAGAUGAGGAAUGGACUAUUCCCGAAACUACUGCUUUCAGCAAAGCUCAAUGGACACCUUUUGCUGGUAAAACGGUAAAAGGAGCGGUGCAUAGGGUUGUAUUGAGGGGCGAAGUUGCCUAUUUGGACGGACAAAUAUUGGUUCCACCAGGUUAUGGCCGAGAUGUCAAAGAGUGGGACACUAGAAAAUCAAUGCUGAAUCUGGAUAUCAGGCCACCUUCUAGCUUGAACAGCCCAGUUUCACCUAUUUCUUCUGUGUAUGAUUUCGUUGAUGACUCUAAUUCUGAAACAAAUCUGCAAUCACUGCAUGGAAAACAUAUACUGGCGGUUGAUAUGUUCUCUAAAGAUCAGCUCAAUAUAAUUUUCACAUUAGCUGAAUCCUUCCGAAAUUGCAUUUUGAAGGAUGAACUAAUCGAUCACAUCAUGAAAGGAAAAGUAAUGGCUUCAAUUUUCUACGAAGUGAGUACCAGGACAAGUUGCAGUUUCUCUGCAGCAAUGCAACGUUUGGGAGGCACAGUCAUACAUAUGGACGAGACUACUUCUUCAGUGAAGAAGGGAGAAUCUUUGGAAGAUUCUAUUGCUGUUAUGGCGGGAUAUUCUGAUGUAGUAGUUCUGAGACAUCCACUACCUGGUUCUGUUCAAAAAGCAUCUAAAGUCAGUAGAAAGCCUAUUAUAAAUGCAGGAGAUGGCGUUGGAGAACACCCUACACAAGCUCUCUUGGAUAUCUUUGCCAUAAGAGAAGAAAUAGGAACAGUAAACGGACUAGUUAUUACAUUAGUUGGGGAUUUGAAAAAUGGAAGAACUGUACAUUCUUUAGCCCGUCUUCUCACUCUUUAUAAUGUGCAAUUAAACUAUGUCAGUCCAGAUAGUUUGAAAAUGCCAAGACACAUUGUGGAAUAUGUUGAAUCUAAAGGUGUAUCUCAAGCAGAAUACAACACCUUAGAGGCAGUUUUACCGCACACUGAUGUUUUGUAUAUGACAAGAAUUCAGAGAGAACGGUUUGGUACUCAGGAAGAAUAUGAUCAGGCUUGCGGUCACUUCAUAGUCACACCACAUAUGAUGACUAGUGCUAAAAAGAAGAUGAUUGUUCUUCAUCCUUUACCGAGAGUUUUUGAAAUCAGCUCAGAAUUUGAUACAGAUCCUCGAGCUGCAUAUUUCAGACAAGCAGAAGGAGGAAUGUAUAUAAGAAUGGCCUUAUUAGCUGCAGUCGCUGGAAGGACCCAUCAAUUGAUGAAGUAUAUGGGUCCAUUCGUUUGAAAUUUGCCAUUAAAUGACAGACCAAAAUGUAAUUCAGUUGUAAAUAUGUAUAAUAGAUAGUUUAUAUCUUAAUGAUAGUUUAAAUCUCUGUGAUAUUCAAUGAAUGCUCAACAAGGCUUUUUAUUUCAUUCAAUCACAAACUUAUAAAAAAAGGUUUAUUGUCUGAAUUCUGAAUUUUAACAAUUUUAAUACGUUGUUGAAGAGGGUAUCGUGUCAGUUUUAAUAAUGUCACUUAUCAAAUGUCAAAUGAUGACAGUUUCAAAAGUGGCAGAGCUGCCAGUAGAUAUCGGGCUAUUCAAAAGGAAACUUCUUAUUUUAAAACCCUAUAAAACAGAAUGCCAGAAUUUAUUUUUUGAAUUCAAUCAUGCUAUAACGAGUCGUUAUCGACCCCACAUUUGUAACUAAAAGGCGAUGUAAAGAUUCUGUGAAAUAAAGUGUGGUUGAUAUAACUUCAGAAGAACAUCAUGUCUUUUGCGAACUCGAUAAAUUCAUUCAUAUAUAUAUCAAAGAAGCUUCGUUAUGGCUCCUGCUAAUUUAGCUGAAACCAAAAAAAAUUUUCAAAAGUGUUCGUUGAUAGAUGUUUUAUUCAUCAUAAUUCUUGACAGAAAGUGAGACGAUUAGCAAAGAAUAAUAUCUAAAGAUUUAUACAUUGAGAAUUGAAUAUAGAGAAUACACAGUGGCAUUAUACGAUGCUCGAGAAUG